AUAAUUUUAAAAGAAUUGAGUGAAACUAAAGAUGCUCUUUACAUUCAUCUUUAAAUUAUUCGGAGAAGUUCCUCCGAUUACAAGAGUGUUGGUCUUGACUACUCUUGCCAUGUCCAUUGGCGUGAAACUAGAACUUUUCGAUGAGACAGAUUUGUUUUACGACUACAAGGGAAUCGCAAAGAGGAAUGAAUAUUGGAGAUUAUUCACGCCUAUAUUAUGAUGUGGCUCAUUCUCCAUGUACAGCUUAUUUUUCACCUAUCUUAUCUACCAAUAUGCAUCAGGGUUGGAAGACAGUACUUUUAGGACAAAAUCACAUGACUUCUUUUAUCUAAUUUUCCUAAUAUUCGCAUCUAUGGGGCUGCUGCUUUAUCUGACAAAUGAGUCUUAUGUUUCACCUUGAUUUCUAGAAAUUAUAAUAUAUCUUUGGUCAAAGACGAACCAUGGGCAGAUAGUACACGUGCUUGGAUUCAUUAGGAUCAGAGCAGGCUACCUGCCAAUCUUCUUCUUCUGUUUUUCGUACCUAAUGGAAGCAAAUUUGUUCUCUUCAAUUGUAGGAAUCAUUAUUGGCCAUGUGUUGUUUUACUUAUAUUUUGUGGUACCAGAAUUACCUUUUACACGUGGAUGGAAUAUAGUAGCCGCUCCAAGAUUUGUCAAACCAUGAAUACAAUUCCUCGGACUAGACAUGAACAGAGAGAUUAUUUUUGAACCAGAUGAUUUCAUAGCUGAUGAUGACUUCGCUCCAAGAGAAAUUUAGACACUGGAGCAUGAGUUACGAGAACCUGAAGGCGGAGAUUCACUGGACUCUAUAAAUAUUUUUGAUUCAACAGGUUUG